AUGUCGCUGGACCAGAUACUCCGUGUUGACAAGCGCAAAUUCGCAGUCAAAAUGUUGAGAGCGCACGUGGACGUACUUGACGACCGGCGCACCUUGGCAGAAGAGGGCAAUGAUGACGAUGAAGUCCCGAAUCCCGUGCUUUCGAGGGGGCACAUCAAACUUGCCAUCCAAGACAUUGAGAACCACAGCGGCCAAUGGAUCGGGGUGUUUCAAGGCUUUCAUAAGAAGUUUUCUGACUUUAUCAACAACUCAUUACCGACGUACGGAUAUCGACUGGAGAGAUGGGUUACCAUACCCACCAAACUUCUUGAUUCGCGAACAUCGAUAUCUCAAAGUUCACUACGAGUCUUCCGUCGACUGGAAGCAAAAACUACCGACUACCUCCGAUGCACUCCAAGCUUCCAUGGCACCCGCGCUAUGACUCUUCUGGAUGUUGGUUCCUUCGAGUUUGCACUGGUUCCGCCAUUCACUGCUGGCAUUGGUGCUUCUCGCAGGUGGACCGUGAUCUACGGACUUACUCGUGUCAAAGGCCGUCCAAGGGCAAGUUCAAUCUUCAUUCCAGUCCAGUCUUUCAUUCGUGGCGCUGUUUGUUUCCCUGAUCCUGAUCACCGAGAUGAAUUCCUCGUGGUCGACCACAUCGAUAGUGACAUGUUUGUGCGCAUGAAGUCCACGUCCAGCACGCCAAACUACAAUGUCCAGAUAUCUCCACUCUCCCAUAUCUCCAACGACACAGCCAUCUCCUCUUCCCGCACCAUGACGUCAGGCAACGUUCUACAAACAGCGCUCUGUUAUCUGGAAGCUAUCCACACCAAGGUCCCAGAGUUGGUCUCACGGGAGAAGGGUUGCCCUGGGUCCACUUGCGAAAGGGAAUCAGCUGAACGUAUUGUCCAGGGUGAGGCAAUCAAUGGCUUGCUGGACACUAUUCACGUCAACCCUCUUACACUUGAGGCCGAAUCCACAUUCGCAGAGCCGGUAUUCGACGCAGAAAAAGUGUCUCUGCACCAAUACUCAGCUCUGCUCUCCCAUAUCUCCAACGACACAGCCAUCUCCUCUGCCCACACCAUGCACUGCUCAGCUCCGCUCUCCCACAUCUACGAGUUGAUGCAGGGUCUGGAGCUCGCCAAAACACUCCUUUGUCGAGAAAAUCUUAAGCGCGACUACACACAGCAAACGCUACAGGUUUGGGACAAGCACUUGAGUUUGCCGAGCUCAAGCGCAAAUUUCCCUCGGGCGAAAUCAUCGAAAUCAUCGGCAAAGUUCGACGUGCCGUUCCUCGCUAACCGACCCUCCAAACACCUCCAACACCCCUCCCCCCCCCGAAACGCCUUCUCAGAGGACGAAGAGCUUUCAUUUGACAAAGAAAGAGUAGCAAAGAAGCCCAAAAGGAACGUGACCACGGGUAUGAGGACGUGGUGGAGAAUGCUUAUCAACACCCAACAUUUCCUUUCCACGACGUCACCAGUCUAUGUACCGAUAUUCAUGCAGGCGCAUGUCAAAGCGAUGCAACCGCCAUCUGCCAUUCCGCAAAUGCGCAUCUCAUCAAACGGUGCCAUGCGUCCUCCGGUUGUUGGGAAUAUUGCAUCCCCGAGUUCGCCUACUGUAGUGCAGCAGCAGCCCUCACCCCCUUGCGCCGCUUCCACGAACGGAGUCAAUGGAAACCAUGCUGGCACUCCUACGUCAGAUGGCGAUUCAGUCAGGCUGAUCGCUGCACCAAACGGCAUUGCUGCCAAUAAUACUGCAACACUUAAUGGCACAGCACAUCAAUCCACAGACUCCAAUCAGGCCGGCUCACCAGCGCGUCCCAAGGCCGAAUCCCAGCAUGUUCCGGUAUCUGUCCCACUUUUCAUUGUCAUGCCCCAGGCUGGAGAUUCCUCAGACGACUUCGCAGCAGAACUCGACGCUAUUGAGGAUACUGACGAACUCGACACCCUGAGGACAGUCUUGACAAUUCCUCAGCCUGACGUGCCCAUGCACGAAGUCCGCAAGGCACUAGAACUGGCGCAACAAGCUUAUACUGUGGUUCGGUCUGAGUUGCGCGCUCUCAAGAAAGACCAUGCGAUGCUUCAGGCUGCUAUCCCUGCACGCAGCCGAAACUGA